AUGGUGGAUCUCUUCUUCGGGCGUCCAAAGGAUCCCGACACAAAGCCAACGCCCUCGGUCCAGUCAAUCUCAAGUGGUCACCUAUCCGGCAGUGAACAGGGCAAGACCGUGAUUUCAGAAAAGCCAUUGUCUGAUGUGGAAAGUGGUCAAAAGAAAAAGGGCAUCUUCUCGCGGCCAUGGACUCGACGAGACCUCACAAUACUCGGUAUCCUAGGUGUACUGGCUCUGGCAAUGAUUGCAUUGUGCAUUGCACUUCCGAUCCAUUUUGUCCAUCGCCAGAAUGAUGGAGAUUCUUGGACGCCUUAUAGACCCAAGCACGACGAUCCCAGCUACAAGAUCGAAGAGAACAAGCCCAUUUGGGCUAUCCAUGAUUUCCCGGACCCUGGUCUUCUGGAGUAUAACGGUACCUGGUACGCCUUUGGAACAAACCCGCACAAGAAUGAUCCGAUGUCAAUCCAUAUUCCUGUCGCAACGUCGGCCAAUUUCGUGAACUGGACGCUUCAUGAUGGUUGGGAUGCUAUGCCGACCAUUGGUAACUGGGAACGCAAAAUCAAUCACUGGGCUCCGGAUGUGAUUCGAAGGGAUGAUGGCAAGUUUGUCAUGUACUACGCCGGAGAGACCAAGGACUUCGGCACUCACCACUGCAUCGGAGCUGCUGUUUCUAAGGGCGAAGACCCGCUCGGGCCCUAUGUCCCUCUCAAUGAAUCAAUUGCUUGUCCACAUAAAUACGGUGGUGCGAUUGAUCCAUCGCCUUUCCGCGACUUGGACGGCACAUUGUACGUCGUUUAUAAAGGUGACGGGAACAGCGUCGGCAGUGGUGGCUACUGCGGCAACACCAGAACACCGCGACACUCUGUCCCAAUCAUGCUCCAAGAGCUGAAGAGCGACGGCAUCACCCGGGUCGGCGAACCAACAAUCAUUCUCGACAUCGACAGGACAGAUGGGCCUUUAGUCGAAGCCCCAGAUAUCAUCCGCACCGACAACGGCGUAUACUAUCUCUUCUUCUCAUCCCACUGCUUCACGUCUCUGGGCUAUAAUGUGAAGUACGCCCAUGCAACCUCGCUCAAGGGACCAUACACUCGUGCCCCUCGACCGCUCCUGCAAACCGGUGACUUCCACCUAGAGGCCCCCGGUGGCGCGACUAUUUCCACCGAUGGAAAGAGAAUGGUCUUUCAUGCGAACUGUGAAGGCUGGCGGUGCAUGUAUGCCUCGGCUAUCGACAUCCACCCCAGCAACAACACGAUCGUGAUGGCUUCUCUCGAGCUUCAAGUUCUAGGAAACUCGACCACCCACACUGUUGACUCUAUCACCAACUCCACCACAAGCUCCUAA